AUGUGUACAGCUUUAGGUACUAAUGCUGUAUCAUAUGAUACUGUGAACGUUUGGUACCUAAAGUUCAAAAACAAGAGCUAUGGCAUUCAAGAAGCAGAGGGCUUUGUCUUGCUUACUGAUGCUGAUGAGCACCGUCUCCCAGAACUUGUAGAAGAAGAUCUGUAUGCAACCACUCGAGAGCUUACUAGGGAGUUAGACGAUAGUGCCAUGUCCAUUAGGCGCGAUAUGUUUCGAAUAAACGUGACGUACAAGAUCAGUCGCUGGGUGUCACACGAGCUGACUCAAACAGAUAAGAACAGACGUGUUCGGGUUUGCACAAAUCUGCUCGAAUAUCAACGCAAAGACAAAUUUCUGGACCGGAUCGUCGCUUGUGAUGAAAAGUGGAUUUACUUCAAAAAGACAGGUCGAAAAUUUCAUUCUGCGCUCGACAUCCUUAAUCUGUUUUCGGACUCGCGGCCACAAAGUUUCUGGACGUAA